AUGCGCAUCAAAGCCAGUGGUUGUGGCGUCUUGGAUCCUACACUACCCUAUCAAGACCCUGUCGUUCUGUUCGAUGUACCCGAUGAGCCGACCAUCAAAAUUCGUGAAGACCUCAACAAGGCAAAUGACAAAUUCAGCCCUGCUGCAAUAGCAGCGCCAGGUAAAUUUGUGUCACACAAUCUCGAAUUUGUCAAGCUAGAGAUUGAGCGACUUAUCAACCAGCACAGAGAACUCAAUGCAAGCUAUCUCGUCGGUAUGAAUGACGAGGCGUACCAUAAUACCUACGGUAAGCUCAAGGCCCAGAACUCCAUGUACUAUGCUUUCAAACCCAAUUACUUGGCUGUAGCACGCUCGAUGCUUCGUGUUUGGAAGUCGGUUUGCCCAAACAUCAUCAAAGGUGACUUGACUGAGGAAGAUGGCUGUCAUAAAAGAUCUGUUCGCUAUGCGAUCUUGUAUGGUCACCCUAGCAUCGAUGUGAUUGAUUACAUGUUCAUAUAUAAGGACAUUCCGAGUUCAGUGGAAGACAGACUACACGAUGCGGAACUCGUUGAGAUGACAAUUCGUGUAGAGCGCUUGGAUGUCGCUCUUUUUAUGAUGCAGGGAGGUUUGGACAACAUACCCUCUCGAGCUGUAGAGGCUGUACGGCAUCCCGACGACGACAUUGAGGAACUACAGGAGUUUGCUGGCGAUGGCGCCAUAUCGACUCAGGACCACCCUUGA